UGUAAAUUGAUUCGUGAGUGAGUCUUUUUUAACGCAAAGACGAAGAUGUUAUGUCAGUAACAAGAAAAUGACAGCAUCCUCUUCAUUCCUCACUCUCAAUUCCCAAUUUCACUUACUUACUCAAAUCCCUUUAAAACCCACCUUAAUCUCAACUCCCAAAUCCAUCAUUAGCACUAAUACAACUAAUAAUCCAAUUAACCAUCUUGUUGCUGCCACUAAUUUCAAUCGAUAUCAGAUGGCCAUGGCAGCUUCACCAUCACCAUCCAUUUCCACUGAUCAAUUCAAGCCUUUUCAGCUAAAUGAGAUGUCUGAUUUCUUCUUAAUUUCCUCUCCCAGUGGAUAUAUCUCCAUUUGCGGUUUUGGGUCUCUUCUUUCUGAGAGGAGUGCAAGGAGUACAUUUCCAGAUUUGUGUAACUUUAGGGUGGCUCGAUUACAAGGUUUUAGGAGGGUUUUUGCUCAUGUAGCUCCUAUCUUCUUCGAACGUGGCAUUGCCAAGCCUGAAACCAAGGAGAUCUCAAGUUUAAGUGUAGAGCCUUGUGAAGGGGAGGAACUCAUAGUCACUGUGUUUGAAAUUCAAAAAUCGGAGGUGCCUUCUUUUAUGGAGAGGGAGCUUGAGUUCCGAUUUCUAGCUGUUCUGCCAGAAACAUUAGAAGGGAAAACAUUUGAUAAUCCAGCGGUUCUCUGUGCUCGGUCCAGCGAUGAGGAAUUUUUCAAUGUAGGAUGUAAAGGAAGCAAAGAAGUAUACCAUCAGCAUUAUGGACGAUAUAACAUUGAUAAGAUAUGGAGGGACGACAUAUUUCCUUGUCGAACUUAUAUGCGCCAUUGUGUUUUAGCAGCAAAGAAUCUUGGAGAUACAGCCUACAGUAACUUUUUAGAUCAUACAUACCUUGCUGACCGUCAGACAACCAUUCGUCAGUACCUAGCAACAGCAGGUUCAGGUAUAAUGGAAGAGGAGCCUCCAGAGUCCUUAAAGACGCGUUAUGGUGGUUAAGCUGAUCAGAACAAUACAACCCAAUAGAAUUUAAAAUUUUAAGUUCCUCAACUUAGUGUUGGGACUUGGAAAAUCUGCACAUGAAAACUGGUGAAACUGUGUAAGCUUAUUUCCUGUAACAUAGAGCAUAGUGUUAGGCUUUUCUUUAAAGCUUCUAAUUCAGGCUCUAUCCACAUUUACACUUGAAAAUUGAAAUGUUCAAAUAAAUCAGACAUUAUAUGCACAAAUACAUAUCUGUUAUAGGGAUGAAUGUUGUAUGAGCUUCCAGAAAAAUGGGUCUGUAAUAAUUUGUGAAUGUGUAGGAAGACA